CUGCAACUUGUUUAUAGUCAGGGAGCAAGGGAGGCGUGUAUAGUUAGUUAUAUACACCGUAGGCAGAGAGACGACCCUUAUAUGAACUUUGCUAGUUGAGUUCAGUGCAAUUCAUCCCCUUCCUUCCCCUGCUUUGGCCUCCCCUACCAUUCUUUCAGUGGGAAUCAUGGCAGGAGUGGUACCGAUUGCAUACCAGAACUCGUCGUCAUCGCCGGACUGGCUCAACAAGGGCGACAAUGCAUGGCAGAUGACAUCCGCGACCUUGGUUGGCCUGCAGAGCAUGCCGGGGCUGGUGAUCCUGUAUGGCAGCAUCGUCAAGAAGAAAUGGGCGAUCAACUCGGCGUUCAUGGCGCUGUACGCGUUUGCUGCCGUCUGGAUCUGCUGGGUCAUCUGGGCGUACAACAUGUCAUUCGGUGACCGGCUCCUGCCCUUCUGGGGCAAGGCGCGUCCGGCGCUCGGGCAGAGCUUCCUGGUGGCGCAGUCAGAGCUCACCGCCACCACUGUGCGCUACCACAACGGCUCGGUUGAGGCGCAGAUGCUAAAGCCGUUGUACCCAGCUGCAACCAUGGUGUACUUCCAGUGCAUGUUUGCCGCCAUCACCAUCAUCAUCCUUGCCGGAUCACUGCUCGGGCGCAUGAACAUCAAGGCCUGGAUGGCCUUUGUGCCGCUCUGGAUCACCUUCUCCUACACGAUCUGUGCCUUCUCACUCUGGGGCGGAGGCUUCCUCUUCCAGUGGGGUGUCAUCGACUACUCCGGCGGCUACGUCAUUCACCUCUCUUCUGGCACUGCCGGCCUUACUGCUGCCUACUGGGUGGGACCAAGGUCAGCAUCAGACAGGGAGCGGUUCCCUCCGAACAACAUACUGCUGGUGCUAGCAGGGGGAGGGCUGCUGUGGCUUGGAUGGACAGGCUUCAACGGUGGUGUCCCAUACUCGGCAAAUGUCGACUCGUCCAUGGCAGUGCUCAACACACACAUCUGCGCAUCCACCAGCCUGCUCAUUUGGACACUCCUCGAUGUCUUCUUCUUCGGGAAGCCGUCGGUAAUCGGUGCCGUGCAGGGCAUGAUCACCGGUCUUGUAUGCAUCACCCCCGGUGCAGGUCUGGUGCAAGGUUGGGCAGCUAUUGUGAUGGGAAUUCUCUCAGGUAGCAUUCCCUGGUACACCAUGAUGGUGCUGCACAAGAAGUGGUCCUUCAUGCAGAAGAUUGACGACACCCUCGGCGUCUUCCACACCCAUGCUGUGGCUGGGUUCCUCGGUGGCGCGACCACCGGACUCUUUGCAGAGCCCGUCCUCUGCAGCCUCUUCCUCUCCAUCCCAGACUCUAGAGGUGCAUUUUACGGUGGUGAUGGUGGAUCGCAGUUUGGGAGGCAGAUUGCUGGCGCACUCUUCGUCAUUGCCUGGAACAUUGUUAUCACUUCCAUCAUCUGUGCCCUUAUUGGCCUAGUCCUGCCCCUCCGAAUUUCUGAUGAACAGCUGCUUAUCGGGGACGAUGCUGUACAUGGUGAGGAGGCCUAUGCUAUAUGGGCCGAAGGUGAGCUCAACGACAUAACGCGCCACGAUGAGAGCAGACAUAGUGGCCUCGCUGUAGGAGUUACACAGAAUGUUUGAGCAUAGAUGUUCUUGUAACGUUAAAAGAAAAAAAGAAGUUGAAGUGCAUUUGUUUAUGGAGGAAGGAGGAAAGUGGCGUGUGCAGGAUUUUUAUUUGAUUUUGGAAUUUGAAAUCUUUUCUGCUUUUAGGAUUAUCUAUGUUGUGCAUUAGAACUGCAGGAACAAGGAAACGGCCUUAUUCUUCCCCAAAAAUUAUUGCAGUUGUUCACGCCACAACUCAUGGAGGAGUGGAACUUCACUCCACUUCAAUAUAACAUUCAUGAUACGAGUAAGUGGUAACUUGUAUUAGUUGAAUUUAAGGUGGAAAAGUGUAUUCCCUGUUUAUAUGGGUGUGCUAGUCAAAUAUGCCACAGCAGAAAUGCAGAAUCCCUCUCUAGUA